AUGACGGACCAGUACCAGCCUCUUGUCAAAGACGUAGCCCAGAGUUCACAUCAUUCAGAAAAGCCUACAGAUUACGAUGUUGAAGCGAAAGAGGUCGCUGACCACGAUGACGAAGACGACGACAUUGAGCUUAAAGAAAUUGAUCUUUCUAGGCUCCCAGAGGAGUCCAGGCCGAAAUGGUACCAACUGCCGCAAUUGAGAGUACGACAAAAUUGGGAUAUAUCGUCAAGAUUGGACCUUGCUAAAAGGUGGGACAGCGUACCGGAUGUCAAAACGUUGGCACGGCUCGUCUUGUCCUACGCGGUUACUAUUCUCCCGCGCUACAUGCAACCAGGAGGCUUGAAGGUCAAGAAAGAGCUACAUCCAACUGCAUACCUCGACGCAGUACGUGGCUGGGCCGCUCUGGCAGUGUUCCGCUAUCAUGGCAUAGCAAAUAAAACAUGGCUUCUCGAACAGCCUGUCUUCCGAAUGGUCCUCAACGGUCGGGCAAUGGUCGACGUCUUCUUCGUUAUCUCUGGUUAUGUGUUGACAUAUCGAAUGCUCAAACUGAUCAGAAACCGGCAGAAUGGACUGCUGAGGGCACUUGCCUCAUCGACCUUCAGGAGAUGGUGGCGCCUCUACGUCUCCACAGGAAUUGCAACACUCAUUACCGCAAUCUGGACCUAUUGGGGCUGGUGUCAGCCCCAGUAUCGUCAGCCAACUCUGUGGCUCCAAUUGAUUGAUUGGGCAUGGGACUGGGGCGCUUCCAGCAACCCUUUUGGUGAUAUCAGAGGGUGGUGGUAUGCCACAGUUUUCCGUACCAAGUAUUUGGACCAGAUGUGGACCAUCCCCGUGGAAUUCCGAGGUAGUCUAGUGGUGUUCUGGUUCUGUGCUGCAUCCGCCUAUCUUUCGACUCGUGGCCGCAGAAUUUUCUGCUUGGUCGCCAUUGCCUUAUGCUACUAUUGGGGAGCUAUCUAUGCCGCACUCUUCCUUUUGGGCGAAAUGAUUGCAGAUUACUCGUUCGAUCGCCAUCCGGAACGACUCCAGCGCAUUCGACUUCCAACACCGCAAGAGUCUGAGGGAUGCUUGACUCCAGAGCGCCGUCAAUCUAUUCCUUCCAAGAUCUGCUAUACUGUCCUUCUCAUAAUCGCCAUGUUCUUGCUUGGCCAACCUUCCGACGGCUACUGGGCCAUUGGUCCUUUUCCUUGGCCGUACCUUAGCAAGGCUAUCCCAUGGUACUACAACGUGGAGCUAGGAGAGCACUUCUGGCUUAGCUGGGGUUCGGUGCUAUUCAUAUUUGCUCUCGACAAUUGCAGAAUGCUCCAGAUUCCGUUCGAAUGGCGCUUUUCACAAUAUUUGGGGGACCUGUCCUUUGGGAUUUAUGCCAUGCACAACAGCUUACUCUGGGUCCUUUACACACCCAUUGUUGAGCCAUGGCGUGCCAGUCAUCUGGGAGAUGGAUACUGGUCUGGCCUCCCCGGUAUUGUUUUCACCACUUUGGUGCUGCUAUGGUUGGCAGAUUAUUUCACACGCAUCGACCAAAUCGUUGUCAGAGUUGGAAGAUGGUUAGAAACCAUGGCGUUCAUCGAAUGGACUUAA